AUGUUUGGCACUAGGAAGGUGGUGCGUGGGAUCCAAGGACGUGCGGUUGUGAUCGCGCGCCGUGCUGGCCGACGGUCACCGAGGCGCUCUCUCCAACAUCGGGCUUUAGAGCAUCAGCCGGCGGCGUGCACUACUACUACUGCUGCCGGUGUGCUGCUUCCGGGAUCAUCGUCAUCGACAGGAAGGGCGGCGUACUCGACGACGGCACCAGCUGAAAGAGCGGCGGUGGUGAACGGAAAAGUCGUGCCGGGGACUGAGGACAUCGUUCAUGAGCGCUUCCUGGCGUGUGUCGAGAAGGGCGACGCCAACGCUGCCAUGGCGCACUUCGCGUUCGUCUCUUGCGACGCGAGGGAGAGGGGCGCACAAGAGCGGGCGCUAAGGGAGGAGUUGGUCGCGCUCCGCAGGCGGCAACUGCUGGAGCUGUUGUGCGAGAAAGGCAUGGUGAACGAGGCGAGCGAGCUACUGGCUAAUGCGGUAGUAUCGCCGGCGUUCAAUAGCAGGGACUCGUCCACCAUUGCUCCGCUCGAUGCUCGCAUCGACCGGGCGCUGCUUCACUUCAGACAGGCGUCGGAGCGGGGAAUCUGUCUUCCCCUCCCCGUUUGCGAGGACCUGGCGCUUGCCCUGUUCGUUAAGGGGCUGCGGGGCGAGGCGACCGAAAUGGAGGCGUGGAACGUCCUGGAGUACGUUCGGCAGAGGGACAUGGUCCCCCGACCGGCGGUUUACGAGGCAGUCCUGUUGUGCGCGCUGGGCUCGGGGGACCUGUCGUUCGCGCUGCGCGUGUGCCAGCACGUUGACGACGAGGGUUUGGUCCUCGACCCGCACGUGCAAGACACGCUCUUCCGCACUGUGGAGUACGUGAUGAAGGAGCUGCCGGGUGCGGCGGCGGUCAGCGUGAGCGCCGCUCCUCCUCCGGUCGACGGCGGCGCGGUGGCGGCGGGCGUGCGGGGUGAUGCCGCCGCCAAUGGCGGAGGAGGGGAAGGAGAGUGGAAGGUGGAGGGGACGAACGCUACUAUGGGCGAGCUGCGGGCGUUGGAUGCCCUGCUGCAGAGCUGGCUCGAAGCUGAGAUGGGCGAGUUUGAUGACGUAGAGGACGAUGAUGACGAUGACGACUUCGAGGACGGGGAAGAAAUUCAAGAGUUCGACAUUACCGUGGAGGGAAGCGAUGAGGGAGAUGGGGCGGCGGAUUUGGAUGAUGAUGAUGAUGCUGAUGCUGCUGAAUGGGAUUCUGACGUAGUGGACUACGAUGGUGGCGACCUCAGCACGAUGAGCGUCCAUGACGUGGGGCACAUCGCUGAGGACGUGGUUGAUUUCCACGAUGAUGACGAUGACGACGACGACGAUAUCGACAACUUAGGGGGCGGGGGUGGAGGAGCGAGAGGAGGGGGAGAAAAGGCAUCGGCAAGGGGACCAUCGUCGACGUCGCAAUCUUCGUCCCGAAUAGCGUGGACCGGGCAGCAUCCGGGAAGGGACACUGACGAUUACGGCGACCCGUCGCGGCCGCAAUCAUCACUAUCGACGGCGCCCGAUUUUGGAGGAGAAAAGUACUGCGGAGAUCUGACGGACCAAGUAUCCGAGUUCAUUCCCUUCAAGGGCGAGGGAGAGGAUUAUCAUUUCCCCGACGCCCGCGGGCGCCGGCGGGGGGGGGUUCGUAGCAGGCAGGAGCGCAGCGAGAGGCACCGAAGCUUGGACCGACAGAGCGUGUACGCAGACUUGGUGAUGCCGUAUGGAGGCCCCCAUGGGGAGGGGGGCCAGGGGAUAGUGUCGAUCCCGGUCAAGUUUAGCGUGCAGGAAAGCCAAGACGAUGACGAGGACGAUGACGGAGGUGGAGGACGAGGCAUUUCUUCCUGACCGGACGGGCGGACUUGUCUUGUCACGCUUGGUACAGGAAGAGAGAUAGAGCUGUCGAUUUUGUAAACACGUUUGUUUGUUUCGGUUCGGCAGAGCGCAGUUGACGGCGGUGUUCCGCAGUGUACGUGGGCGCAGACGUUUCAUAAUACUGCUGAUGGCCGGUCGUUGUGGUGCCGAUCGCUUGGGCUGGUCAUGAGUUUCACACGUGUAUUAGUCCGCUGGUUGGUUGUGAAUAUUUCCCGCCGCCUACAAGAGACGAGAGGGGUGUUCUAUGAUGUC